AGUAAAUCAACCUGUGUUUGUUUGUCACCGACUGUCGCAUAUCUGAGAACAACGGUCAGAGAAGGAAGAGAGAGGAGGACCAGAGGAGGACAUGCCAGACUUUACUGAUGAGGAUCUGGACCAAUACCUCCAGAAUCAGGUGGACCUGCGGCACCGCACAGUGAGUAGAAGGGUGGAGGAGGUUCUGACUGUUGUCAAAGAACUUACCAGAGAGAUUAGCGGAAGAGAUGGACGCUUCCAGUCCAUUGUCCAGGCUGGAGUCCACAAUGAGAGCAUCAAGGAUCAGCCUGCCAUGUUGUCCAAAUGGACUGCUCUGCUGAGAGGAAGAUGUACAUUCAACCCUGCCAUCCAAGUCUUGACCCCUACCCUGAUGUUGGUCAGUGUACCAGUCAGAGGGCUGCUUGGUUACCAUGAGCAUUUAACCCACCAGUGGAGGUACUACUCUCUGAGUGGAUCUCGGCUCCCCUCACCUGUACGUGAGCCAGAGAAGCUCCACCAAUGGCUGGAGUUUGAUAGCUUCACAAACCCUGCCCAGGACUGGCAGGACACACGGGUGUGUGUAGAGGGCGACAUUGUCCCAGCUAAGGUAGUCAGCCUCUUCAGAGAGAUGCUAGACAACGCCAUAAAGAGCUGUGGUCUGACUGGUAAAGUCACCGUCUUGGAGUCAGUGGGCACGGUGGUACGUGUUGCCAUAGAAACGGAAGAGGGCAUCAUGGAGGCAGAGCUUGUUCCCACAGUGGAGCUCGUCAACUAUUGGCCGAAGAAAGCUCGUUGGCCCCGCCUACUGCAGCGCUGGCCUGUUGCAGAGCGAGCUCGCUGCAUCAAGUCGUUCGGGUUCAACUUAAUGGCCACUUCUAAUUACCACUGGCUGCUGUCCUUCUCACGAGCAGAGCAGGCACUGUUAGGCGCAAUUGACGAGGACGGCGGUUGCCGUAGAAAAUGUUACAGAGUCGUCCGGCAACUGAAGGAGGAUGUCUGGUGUCCUGGAAACAAGCCUGUCAUCACAGCUUUCCACCUGCAGACGCUGUUGUUCUGGUGUUGUGAGAAGUUUCCCUGUGUGCGGGACUGGAGAUCUGUGAAGGAGUGCGUGUUGCGGAUAGCUACAAAGUUGCACAAGUGUGUGAGCCAGCGUUACCUGAGGCACUACUUUGUCCGCUCCUACAACCUUCUCAAGUACAGCAACACCACCGAGCUGGAUAACACAGCACAGAGGAUCAACGCCUUCCUAGUAAACCCCAGUCUGUAUGUCCACUAAACCCUGUGUUUCUGUGUGUGUGUGUGUGUGUGUGCGCGCGCUCAUGCGUGCAUGUAUGUGCAUGGGUGCACGGAUCUUUGUGUAAAGGAGGGAAGUGGCCAACUCUGUCUUGUUACCUAGUAUUGCCUUUUAAAUCACAAAGAUCACAUUCAACAGCUUCAUACACAUAACUGACUUACAUCAGGGUGAACAAAUAAACUGUUUAGUUUUUUUAUUCUUCAAUGACAAUGACAUGGUUAUGUAUGUAUUGAUCUUGUUUGCUACCCGUUGUAAUGCAGUUCAAUGUAAUAGAUUGUAUUUUUUGUGCUUCACUGAUAUUGUUCUGCCCAGGGACUGUAUAUACAGUAGCUAACUCUACUGGUGUAAUAAUACCGUCUGUGGACCCUGACAAAUAAAGUAAUAAACAGCCUUGGUGUGUGUGUGGGUGUGUGUGUGUGCGCAUGUGUGUGAUUGAGAGAGAGACAGAGAGAGAGAGA